UACAGGGCUUUUAGCGUCCUCGCUUCCUCUUGCAGCUCAUGGCGGGGGCUGGUCAGAACGCGGGAGGAGACGGCCUCGGAGAGCCGCUUCUUCCUUCUCAAGACCUUCCGCAACACCUCUCAGAGGAGGUCCCCGAGGAGCUGCCCCAGGAUAAACCCAGCCUGCAGCAGCCACAGCUUAUUCUGCCUUACGACGAGGAGAAGGAGGAGGAGACCGAAGAGGACUCAGACCGCACGGAGGAUCAGUUUGAUGGAGUGUUGAGUGAAGACAUAGUGGCUGAAGGACUCCACAAGCUGGGGCGCUCAGCCCCUGGUAUUGAAUACGUUUAUCUUAAUCUGUCACUUUCUGGUCGUGAGUUAAGUGACAUUAACAUUCUCUCCAAAUACAUUCACUUACAGAAGCUGGAACUUUCAAAUAAUAAAAUUAAUGAUCUUUCUUGUGUCAGUCACAUGCCUUACUUACUGGAGCUGAAUGCUUCCAACAAUGAACUGACUACAUAUUUCAGUUUUAAGCCACCUAAAAAUCUCAAGGAAGUGGAUUUUUCCUACAAUCAAAUACCUAAAAUGCAAGAUUUGUCAGCAUACCAGUCUCUCACUAAACUGUUGCUGGAUUUUAAUAACAUAGAGGAGAUAAGAGGCCUGGAAAAGUGUCACAGUCUGACUCAUCUCAGUUUGUCACACAACAAACUUGUUGCAAUCAGUGGACUUGAGAACUUACCUAUCAAAAUACUCAAUCUGAGCUCAAACCAGAUUGAGAAGAUAACUGGGUUGGACAGCUUGAAAACCCUACAGAAGCUGGACCUAUCUAGGAAUAAAAUAACUAGUCUACAAGGCCUGGAGGAACAUGAUUUACUGGAGAUGAUCAACCUAGAGGACAACCAGGAGCAAACAGAUUAUUGGCUCUCAGUGAUUUUCACAUUGCUACGACUAACAGAAUUGGAUCUCAAGAAUAUUUCAGUGGAAGAAAAGGUCGCUGCUGUGAAUCAAUAUGAUCCUCCUCCAGAAGUUGUGGCUGCCAGAGAUCAUAUUACUCAAGUUAUGUACAGCAUGCUGCAGCCCCAAAGAAUCUUGGACAGCACUUUACCUUGUCUUGAUGCUGCCUACCCCAUGCUGGUAUUAACUGGCCCUUUAGCCUGUGGUAAGAGAGAGCUUACUCAUAAGAUCUGCAGGCAGUUCAACAAUUUCUUCAGAUAUGGUCCCUGUCACACUACCAGGGCAGCUUACUUUGGUGAAGAAAACAGGCUUGAUUACUAUUUCGUUUCCCAAGAAGCAUUUGACAAAAUGGUGAAAACAGGGAAGUUUAUAGCAACCUAUAAAUACAGUGGCUAUUACUAUGGACUUGGACAAGAGACUGUUGAAUCAGUUGCCAGAGAAGGCCUUGCAACCUGUGUUCAUUUGGAAGUAGAGGGUGCGCGUAGCUUGAAAAAUACCUACUUCAAGCCCAGGUAUAUCCUGCUCGUGCCAACGAACAAGGAGAAAUAUGAGGGGCAUCUGCGGAGGAAAGGAUUAUUCAGCCGGCCAGAGAUUGAAGAGGCAGUCUCCAGAGUGGACAUGUACAUCAAAAUAAGUCAGGAUGAUCCAGGAUUCUUUGAUGCAGUAGUCAACACAGAUGACAUGGAUGAGGCAUUCACAGAGCUGAGCUUCCUCAUAAAGUCAUACCUGGGUUUGGAGCAACCUGCAGAUUCUGAUAGUACUCAGGACUUCCACAUCAGAGCAAGAGCAGGUUCAAGAAUAAAGCUCUUACAAGAGCAAAGAUUGUCACCUGGUGGAGUAAUUGCUGGAGCUACUCAGUCUUCUCCUGUCAAUGAAUUCUUGGAGUCUUCUACCAAAAUCUAUCCAGGAGGCACCUCUGACAGACUUCCUGUACAGCUAAGCUCUGUGGAAGAAGCUUCUCUCCAAAGGCGCCGUUCCGCUGCACGUCAGGCUCUGUCAGGGAAGGCACCUAGUGCAUACAUCCAGCUCUUUCAAAGAGACCUGGCAGUCACUCCUGCACUGAGCAGCUCCCAUCAAAAAUUACUGGAGCCAAUACCUGCUUCUCUUCUCUCAGGGGGAAGGAAUGUCAGCACAGACCUGAGCUUUCCCCUGAUUAAGCCAGAGAGCAGCUCCAGAGAAUCUGGUCCUGCUACUGGACAAUUUCUAACCUCAGCUGGUGCUUCUGCUGCUGAAGGUCUGACCGUUCGAGCUCCUCAUGGUCGCCUCACUGAAGAACCCAAAGCUGAGCAUCGGGAUUUGAGAGGAGCUGAAAGUGGAGCGGAUAGACAGAAAGAGACUGACCUCACUAGUGACAAUCUCCAGAGAAAACACAGCAAGUCCAAGGCUGGUUCUGCUUAUGUGCCCGAGCUCAUCAGCUGGGCAGGUUCCCAUGCCAAACCUGUCCUGCCUCCAAUCCCACCUGGCCGAAAGAAGACCAACCCUUGAUGGCCACUACGGCGUCUUUGCCACGGUUACACUGCAUCUUUCUAACAGGAACACUGAUUUUGAGAUACUUCUCUUUCCACAAAGCAGAGUCUAUCAAAUAUUAUCUCUAAAUCCACUUCUGAUUAACUCUCACCAAAAUGUUAUUUAUUUAUAACUUUAUUAAAAAGUCAUUUCUGUAUUUCCCCAGGCUCUCUCAGAUGGGGAACGGUGCAGGUGGUUUUUUCCUGCCUGCCACAUGGCCAUAUCUUUCAUUAAUUUCUCUCUUUCCUCCUCUUUUUAUAUUAUAGAUUUAAUUGAGGUGUGGAAGCAUCAGGGCCUCUGAUAAUAUUGCAGGACUAGUUAAUUAUUUUGAGGAGGGACUUUGUGAAACGUUCAGAGUGAAGUUAGGAGUGAAAACUAAUUCCUAGUCUUUAUUUUUUAAUAAAAUGUGGGGUUUUGAAGGGAUGAGACAGACUUCUUUGAUUUAGAAGUGUAUUUAAACAACCUAGUGAGGAGUCAUCAGGCC